AUGUCGCGGGUCGAACUCUUGAAUGCAGGAGGCUUCCGCGUGGAUGGCCGCAAGCAGUACGAGCUCCGGUCCAUCGCCAUUCAGCUCGGAGGCUCUCAAGAUACAGCCGUCGACGGCUCGGCGCAAAUCACACAGGGCCUCACCAUCGUGUCCGCCACCGUGUUCGGUCCACGCGAAGCAAGGUCAGGCGCCAACGUCAUCCAUGAUCGUGCGUCGGUCAACGUCGAGGUCUCAUUAGCACCGUGGGGGUCGAUGGAGCGCAGGCGGCGUAAUCGGGGAGACAGGCGGUUGGUCGAAUUCGCCAGUUCCAUCAAGUCGACCUUUGAGCCGGUCAUUCACACGCACCUGUAUCCACGCUCGCAGAUCGACAUCUUUGUCCAAGUACAUCAGCAGGACGGCGGUGUACUCCCAGCCGCCAUCAACGCGUCCACACUGGCGCUGCUCGACGCAGGGAUCGCCAUGCAGGACUUUGUUGCUGCCGUUUCGUGUGGGAUCCACUCGACAUCGGCUAUGCUCGACCUUUCAAAUACGGAAGAACAGGAUCUGCCCCAUCUCACCGUCGCCGUGCUCCCGCGCACCAAACAGGUCACCCUCGCCUCGCUCGAAACACGAUUGCACGUCGAACGCUUCGAGCAGAUCUUUACGCUGGCAAUCGAGGCGGCAGCGGUACUGCACAAUGAGAUGGAGCUGGCGGUGAGGGACAGGACAAAGACGUUGGUCCAGGCGAUGACGGGCAAGACGGUCGAGGCGGAUACACCGGCGGUGGACGAAGACGAUGAGGGGAGGAAUCACGAUGAUAUGAUGCUCAUUCCACGUUCAUGGCCGCGUUCUCAUCCGCUGUCUCGAGAUUCCCAGUUCAUCGCACAGGAUGCGCAACAUGUCAAAAGCGCGCUACAGUGA